GUCACGGUGCAUAAUCCAGAAAAUCAGAGCUAUCUGAUAGCAUACAAAGACUCGCAGCUCAUAGUCUCUUCAGCUAAAGCCCUGCAGCAUUGCGAGGAGCUAAUCCAGCGAUACAACCGUGCUGAAGACAGCCUCUGUUUACCGGACAAUAAGCCUCUGCCUCACCAGAAUGUAACGAACCAUGUGGGUAAAGCAGUGGAAGACUGUAUGCGGGCCAUCAUCGGUGUCUUGCUCAACCUAACAAAUGAUAACGAAUGGGGUAGUACAAAGACAGGUGAACAGGACGGUCUGAUAGGCACAGCUAUGAACUGUGUGCUGCAGGUUCCCAAGUUCCUACCUCAAGAACAGAGAUUCGACAUUCGGGUGCUG